UAAAUUCCUUUGUAAGGCUAUUAAAGGGUUAAAAGAUGUUUCUGAGCGUCAUAUGGGUACCACUAUGUCCAGUUAUAUCCAGUGUGUGAAUUUAAAAGUUAAUGUAACUUCAGAAUUAACUUCAGUGGUGCCUGGGAUUUGCUGUAAUCUGCAGAGAGCCUUUCUAAAUCCUGUGCUAGAUCUUAAGCAACAGGGUUCAUGCACCGCUACCUAACCUCAAAGGACUAUUAAAGGUGGUGUUGUGCAUCGCCUUCUCUCUCCACCUCGCUAACUGUGUGUACGGAGAGUCUCUACACGUUCGUGUUCACUCAGAGCAAACCUAUAUGUGACUAUACAUCGAGUGCUCUUCGUCGCUUAUGUCCAGCAGCGUUAGUCUCUAAGAGUUUGGAAAGGUUUUGCUCAGCUGAACUGAACACUAGAAGAUGUGGUGGAUGUUGUUUCCCCGAUGGAUCUGGUUUUUCCUUGGGCACGUCUGCGUUUUGCGCGUGCAUCUCCGGGUCCGGGCCAUGACUGUGUCCAAGGUGGUGUAUUCUCACGCCGGAAUGUGUCCUAAUGAGAUGAACCCGAACCUCUGGGUGGACGCGAUGAGUACCUGCAUGCGCGAGUGCCAGUCAGAUCAGGACUGUGAGACUUUUGAGAAGUGCUGUUUAAAUGUGUGUGGAAGCAAGAGCUGUGUGGCCGCCCGUUAUAGGGACAUGAAGGGAAAUAAAGGACCAGUGGGAAUGCCAAAAGAGGCCACAUGUGACAAGUUCAUGUGCACCCAGCAGGGUUCAGAGUGUGACAUCUGGGAUGGACAGCCUGUGUGCAAGUGCCGUGACCGCUGUGAGCGGGAGCCUCGUUUCACCUGUGCCUCAGACGGUAUGACCUACUACAACAAGUGCUACAUGGAUGCAGAGGCCUGUUCCAAGGGUGUCACCCUUACUGAGGUCACUUGCCGGUUCCACCUGUUGUGGCCCAACACCAGCCCUCCUCCUGAGGAAACGACUAUGCUUCCUACCACUGUUUACCUGGAAACUACCCCUGUGGAUAUCCAGGCUCCAAUAGUGAUCAGCAAUCCAGGGCAAAACAUUGUGUUUGUAGGUGAGACAGCAAGCUUCCUGUGUGAAGUAACUGGCAAACCCAAACCAGAGAUCACAUGGGAGAAACAAGUGGAGGGAAAAGAGAACACAGUCAUGAGGUCAAACUACGUACAAGGUAACAUAGUAGUGACUAACAUUGCUCAACUUGUCAUCUACAAUGCCCAGCUCCAAGAUGCUGGCAUUUAUACCUGCACCGCUAAAAACCUGGGUGGAUCUACACAGACGCACUUCAUGUUGUCUGUCAUACGUCAGGAUCAAGCCAUGAAUGAGAGCUUAGUGAAUUCCACACGUCUUCCUGCUGAGGAGUGUCUGAAAGCACCUGAUAUGGGUGACUGUGGAGAGGAAACCAUCAGCUGGUACUAUGAAGCCAAGCGGAACAACUGCUUCACCUUCACCUAUAGCCAGUGCAACAAGAACAGAAACCACUUUGACACGUACAAGUCAUGCAUGCUAUCCUGUGGAGCAGAACUAGCUGCCCCUUGCUCCCUCCCUAGUGUCCAGGGACCCUGCAAAUCUUAUGAGCCACGGUGGGCAUACAACCAUCUCCUCAAGAAGUGCCAAUCGUUUGUCUAUGGUGGCUGUGGUGGCAAUGAGAACAACUUUGAAAGUAAGGAGGCCUGUGAGGACAUGUGCCCCUUCCCCAAGAACCACAACUGCAAGCUGUGCAAGCCAAAACAAAGGAUGAUUACCAGCUUCUGCAAGAGUGACUUUGUGAUCUUGGGUCGCAUUACAGAACUGACAGAAGACCAAGAUUCAGGCCAUGCACUCAUCACAGUAGAUGAGAUCCUAAAGGAUGAGAAGAUGGGACUGAAGUUCUUUGGACAGGAACCCUUGGAAGUGACACUGCUCAACAUAGACUGGAGUUGUCCGUGUCCCAACAUCACUAAUGCUGAGGGCCAGCUGAUUAUCAUGGGGGAGGUGCACAAUGGGAUGGCGGUACUGCAGCCGGACAGCUUUGUGGGAGGCUCCAGCAGCCGUCGCAUACGCAAGCUCCGCGAAGUCAUCAACAAGAAGGCAUGUGCUUUUCUCAAGGAGAUUGGCAACACACAAUAGUAAUAAGCUCAUACUGAAAUGCAAUGGACUCUCUGAGACACAAUAAGUACCCGUUCCCACCAACCUUUUAGUAGGCAUCACAGUGAGCCACCAGCAUUAUCAUAUUACAUCAAGGCUUUCAGUUCCAUUCCAGUGUUUGAAUCAUGCAAACAAAAAAUAAAACAACAAUUAAUUCUGCAUUAAUGCAUACACGGUUAUCUCCACGUAAAAAUUAUCAUUGUUACUUAUUUACUCUGAACAUAACUGUUUUCAAGCACUUAUUUUGUAAAAAUUAAAAAAAAAAAUCUUUUCAUAUUUUAGUUGCACAAAUUGUGUGUGCUCUUAAAUCUGAACUCUAAUGACAGAAUGCCUUAUAGGCAAUUACUUAAGCUAAAUCCCAUGGCCUUUAUCUUAGUCAAUUAUGAAAAGGGCUCAAAUCUGCUGACUAACUUCAUUCUUCAUUCUUCCUUCUAUUUAUCACCAUGUCGGCUUGAAUCAAUAAAUGGCCUGUCCAGUUUA